AAAUGUUUUGAAAAUUAUUACAGCUUUGAAUUUUGACAGAUUAAACAUGUCAUGGCUAUUUGGUAUGAAUCAGCGACCAGAAGACUUUUCACAAUUUGUGCCACCAGCUAGUACUGUUGGUGGAGGAGGUCUUGAUGGAUCAGGUGACUUGGGAGAUGGCAAGAGAAAAAGCAGUGCAAUGGAAGCUUAUCGUUUUGAUUCUGCUGCUCUAGAGCGAGCUGAUAAAGCUGCCAAGGAUCUAGAAUCUUCAAUUUCAGACACUGGCUCGUAUGAAGUGGAUGGUACCAGUGAACGUGCCCAUCAACCAGACCAGGAUGAUGUGGGACCGUAAUAUGGACCGUAGUGCUCUGGAAGCUGGGGAGAAGGUGCUGGCAUUGGAGCCAAUUCAUGUGAAAGUCUGUAUGGCAAGUUGCUGUGACCUGAACAUGGUGUGGGGAAAGUUCUCAGGUGUAAGGUAUAAAACCCACACAUACGAACAGGAAAAGAAUGAGUGUAGAGUACACAGUAACCGGUUAAAGGGUUUAAAGUUAUAUUAGAAAUCCAGAGAGAUGAAUAUUUUAAUGGAAUGUAAAGGGGUGCAAAACAGUAAUCUUAUGUAAUAGCAAAGGUGUCUUUUAACUGCCGCAAGACCAUUUCUGAAACUGUCAUUCUGUCAAAAAAUAUUCAAAAAAAUAAAAAAAAAAUUAUUUUUUCUUAACAAAAGGUUAGGAUUAUUUUGCUGCAUAGCCCUUGUGGUUUAGUGCUUCUUUUUUAUUAUAAUAAUAAUAAUAAUAUUA